CUUUAUAAAGCCUCGUUUACACUCAGCCUGAGUGGGCAGGGAAGUGAGCAGGGAAGUGAGCAGCGCGAGAGUGUAAACACGAUACUUCCCAUGCUAUUGCCGCAGCCACUCGCGCUGCCCAGCGCUCCCUUGAUUGUCGGUUUUUCGUGCGCGAGUCAAAGGACUGGCAGCGCGAGUUGCAGCGUGUGUUUACAUUCAGCCCUCUCGCUCACUUGUCGCCCGGCGUUCUGAGCGGAGUGACGUGUUGCUUUUCAAUUCUCUGUCCAAUUCUAUACGCCAGCAUUUACUAUGUCGCUAGAUUGGAGUAAUGAAAAAGUAAUACAGUUCUUGGAGUUGUAUGAAAGUGAACGAAUAAUAUGGGAUCCACGCGAUAAAAAUCAUAAAAUGAAGCAUAAAGUACACGAUGCGUGGAAUCGCAUCAGUACUCAAAUGAACAAUACUCCAAUAGAAGAGCUAAAAUCGAAGAAGAAAUCACUUAUGGCUACAUUUCGACCACUCUUAAAGAAAAAGAAAGCGUCUAUACGUUCCGGAGCAGGUGCUGAUGAUGUGUUUCAGCCAAUAUGGUUUCCUUUUGAAACUAUGGAAAGAUUUUUAGGCACACUGUAUGACGUGGAAGAAACAAUUAACACGGAACAAAGGAAUUAUCAAGCUGAGCAUGAGGCACAAUCUCCAGAUGUCGAACCGCUACUUCAAUCACCACUACCAUACCAGCAAAUCAGUUCGCCGUCACAGUCAGUUCCUUCGCCAUCACAGGCAGACCCAUCAUCGACACCAGUAUAUAAUAGGCCAAAAAAAGGCAAAAAAAGACCAAUCCUUGACAUAGAUGAGGCUCAAAAUAAAAUAUCUCAGACUUUAGACACUUUGAACCAAGUGUUAAAAGAUAAAAAUACUCAUACAAGUGAAAAGAAUGAAGACGAGUGUGAUCUUUACGCGAAACUCUUAGCUAAAAGAUUACGAAAAUAUCCCGAGUCAAUGCGGGGAAGAAUUAUGUACCAAAUAGAUGGGUUAUUUUUGCAAAAUCCUUAUCCAACCAUCGACCAUCAAGUUGAUCGACCAUCAAGUGUCUUCUCAAAUCGUUCAUCGGUAACGUCAUCGCAAUCACAGUAUUCAGAUUAUCAAAUCACAUCAAACCCACCGAUUCAACAAUCUCAACUUGUUUAUAUUCAACCAACGGUACAGUCUGACACACCAGUAGAGAUCAGAGAAAUAAGCCAGGAAAAUAAUGACAUUUCAGCUUCUCCACGCCAAAUGAUGCUACAAACUUCAUCAACACAAUAUGUCUUGCCACCAAGAGUACUGUCCAGAUUACCGGAAAGACGUGUUACACCUCAAAACCAAAUGAAUGUGAUAGAAAGAGCCUACUGGGAUGCUAGCCAGAAUUGAAUUAUAAUUAUUUUAUUUGAAUAUAAUAAAACAUAAUUUUAAAAUA